CGAAUACUCAUCGAUUUUGGUUCCAGCUCUAGCAACGCUGAGUUCGCGUGAAUAAAUAGUUAAUUAAUUGCUGAAAAAAUGGAAUAGCUGGCGAAAACAUGCAUCCAACCAAGUGCAACAGCAGCCGUGCGCAGUACUACGUAGUCGGGCGAUUGUGAAAACACGUUGAGCGUACGCGAAUGGAAGUGUGUGGCCAAAAAAAUAAGUUAUGGUUUAGCAAAAACAACAAAGCUAAAGCCCAAAAGUGCUAAUAAAAAGUACACACACACGUCCACACAUUCACACACACACACAGGCGCGCGCGAGCAAAGGUGAAAAUUAUAAAUUAAUAAAUGCCCGAUGCGAUCCGAUCGAAUCCGAUAGCAUAUCAAAUUAGCGAAAUAUGCUCGAUUCCCGUGCUGAUCGGAUCAAAACUGUGAAUUGCAACAGAAAAUAAUUUCAAGGUUUGCAGCAGGCGAAUAGAAGGCGAAAAGGAAACGCAACCAAAUAACCACAAAGAGCCGUAACAAUUACAAUACAACAAACUAUAAUAGACACACAGUCCCCGCAACCAAACAAGAAGCAAACUAACAACGAGAUGAAGUACGCAACUGGAACUGACAACGCGAUGUCCUCGGGCAUCAGCAGCCAAUCCCACAACUCUAACAGUGCAUCCAACGAGAUGCAGCCCACCACAUCCACGCCGACUGCAGUCCACAAGGAGGCGACAUCCACAGCCACGACGACGGCGGCACACGCCAAUGGCAAUUCCAAUCCUAACGCCAAUCCCAAUCCUAACCAGAGCCAGCCGUCCAACGCGCUGUUCUGCGAGCAGGUGACCACAGUGACAAAUCUCUUCGAGAAGUGGAACGACUGCGAGCGAACGGUCGUGAUGUACGCGCUGCUCAAGCGGCUGCGCUACCCGAGCCUCAAGUUUCUCCAGUAUUCGAUCGACAGCAAUCUGACCCAGAACCUGGGCACCUCGCAGACGAAUCUGAGCAGCGUGGUGAUCGACAUCAAUGCCAACAAUCCGGUGUAUCUGCAGAACCUGCUGAACGCCUACAAGACGUUCCAGCCAUGCGAUCUGCUCGACGCCAUGUCCUCCUCCUCAUCGGACAAGGAUUCGAUGCCGUGCUACGGCAGCGACUUCCAAAUCACCACCUCUGCGCAGUGUGACGAGCGGAAGCUGUACGCCCGCAAGGAGGAUAUUCUGCACGAGGUGCUCAACAUGUUGCCGCUGCUCAAGCCGGGCAACGAGGAGUCCAAACUCAUCUACCUGACCCUCAUCCCGGUGGCCGUCAAGGACACCAUGCAGCAGAUUGUGCCCACGGAGCUGGUGCAGCAGAUCUUCUCGUACCUGCUCAUCCAUCCGGCGAUCACCAGCGAGGACAGAAGGUCGCUAAACAUUUGGCUGCGUCACCUGGAGGAUCAUAUCCAGGCUGCGGCGGCGGGCCUGACUAAUCGCAGUUACUUCCUGCAGCCCUCGCCGCAACUGGUCGCCGGUGGCAGCUCCACGGGCAGUGGUAGCUGUUCCUCCUCCUCGGCGGCCAGCUCCUCGACAGCCUCCUGUUCGUCGGUGGCCUCGUCCUCGCUGUGCCCCGCCGCCGGCAGCGGCAACCGAUCCUCACGCACCAACGACUGGCAGACCAUCGCUCCGCCCAGCAAACAGCUGCAGAACAAGCUAACCGGCGAUUGGCGCGGCAGCGGAGGCGGCAGCGGCAGCUCCAGCGGGUCAAUCAAUCCACUCUGUGAUAAUCUCAAUGGUAUUACCCUGAACGAAUUAGCUUCUAGUCAGAAUAGCCUCGGCCUGUCGCUGGAGGGCAGCUCUUCGCUGGUCAACGGUGUGGUCGCCGGAGCGGGCUCAAUGCUGGGAAUCGGCGGUGGCGACGACCAUGACACGUCGUUCAGCAAGAACGGCACCGAGAUACUCGACUUUGACCCGGUCACCGCCGCGGAUAUGGGUGAAGCGUGCAGCCUGGCGAGCAGUAGUCUUAGAAAUCCGGUAGACGAUCGUUUGCAACCGCCGCCGCAUCUUCAGCAGCAGUUGCUCCAGCCGCCGCCCUACGCAUCGAUCCUAAUGGGCAAUGUGGGCGAUCAGUUUGGAGAGAUCAAUCGCUGGAGUUUGGAUAGCAAGAUUGCGGCUCUGAAGACUCGCCGAUCGAACAGCCUCACCACGCAAACGAUCUCGAGCUGCUCCAGUUCUUCCAACUCCUCGGUGAUCACGGUCAACGACAAUUGCUCCAAUUCCACGGAGAAUCUGGCCCAGUUCGCCAACAAGCCGCGCAGCUUUUCCCUAUCCAUUGAGCAUCAGCGAGGGGCUCUAAUUAAUAGUGGCUCCGAUACGCGUCUGGACGAGUUCAAGCCCAACUAUAUCAAGUUCCACACCCGCAACGUGGGCAUGUCGGGCAUCGGCCUUUGGCUGAAGUCCCUGCGUCUGCACAAGUACAUCGAGUUGUUCAAGAACAUGACGUACGAGGAGAUGCUGUUGAUCACCGAGGACUUUUUGCAGAGCGUUGGCGUCACCAAAGGCGCCUCCCACAAGCUGGCCCUCUGCAUCGAUAAGUUGAAGGAGCGCGCGCACAUACUCAACCGGGUGGAGCAGGAACUAUUGACGGGUCAAAUGAAGCUGAGCACGGCCGUCGAGGAGCUGACCAACAUUGUGUUGACACCGAUGAAGCCUCUGGAGUCCCUUGGGCCGCCGGAGGAGAACAUUGGACUGCGUUUCCUGAAGGUCAUUGACAUUGUGAGCAAUACAUUGCAGCAGGAUCCGUAUGCUGCGCAAGAUGACGAGACUCUGGGGGUUUUUAUGUGGAUCCUGGACCGGUCCAUUCAUAACGAGGCAUUCAUGAACCAUGCCAACCAACUCAAGGACCUUAAGUUUAAGCUGUCCAAGAUGAAGAUCUCCAUGGUGCCGAAGAUGCAUCACGUUAAGCCAGCCGGAGUGGGAGGGCCAAGCAAUGGAAACAUCAACAAGCCAAGGUGGAAUGGCAAGACUCGCAAGUGCGAUACGAAGAACGGCAGCAACGAUAGGAUUAACAAUCGCAAGAACUCCAACGACAUGCUGAACUUUUCGCUGAAUUGCCUGCAGCAUCCGCUGCCCCAUCACUCGCAGCAGCAGCCGCCGCCGCCUCUGCCGCAGUUUGACUACAACGGCUACGGCGGCGGACCGUCGCAUCAGCCGCAGUACAAGAGCUCCUCGUACCCCAGCUUCAUGGGCAAUCCCCAGCAGCAGCAGCAGCCGCCACCGCCGCCCGGAAAGUCGCAUCAUCAUGCCCAGCAGCAAAUGCAGCAAAUGCUGCAGCAACACAACCACUUUCCGGCCUUGCCGCAGCAGACACCACCGCAGUCGCAUCGCCGGUCGCUGAACAAUCUCAUCCUGGUGGCCGGCGGUCCACAGCAGCCGCAGCAAUUGAUCUUCAAGCCGGGCCAGGGAGUACUUACCAACAAUGGAUCCAACGACAACCUGCAGCAGCAGCAGCAGCGGAAGCUCAGCGGAGGAGUUUCCAGUGCGGAGCAACAACCAAAGAAGACAAUGGCCGCUGUAGUGAUGGUUAGUAAUCCGAAUCAGAGUCAGGAGCAGCACGAUCAGCCGCAGAUCCUAAUCAAUAACAACAACAAUAACAACAGCAUGCUGAACAACAAUUUGAUUAAUCAACAACAGCUGCAACUGUUGGCAGCAGCUGCCGCCGCCGUGGGCAGUGGCAGCUGUCUGUGCUCCAAUGGUAGUAAUGGUGGUGGUGUAACCGGCGGUGCCUGUGUCCACAAUCUCUGUCACCAAAGCAGCAAGAACAACAACAACAACAGUCAUGCCGUGGAUCAUUGCCUGUCCCAGCCACCGCUGGUCAACCUGGGCAUGUCGCCCCACGUCACCGAGUACAAGAUGAAUGACUUCAAGAGCCUGGAACAGCUAGAGACGUUGUGCCGCCAAAUGACUGAACAGGCAAUGAAUUGAGCAAUGAAUGUUCUGGGCUGCCAGAGGGAUUGGAUUGUAGGCCAGCAGUUUUUGUGUUCACUUAGCUUUGAACCGUGUUUGAAGUUUGAUUUCAUAAACGAACAUAAAUGUUUUUAUAUUUAGCUUUGUAAGAUUCGUAUCUAUGUUUGUGUCGCGUCUAGUUGUCCCCCUCACAACCCCGAUUUGUAAUCCUUUUUAGUUAGUAAGCCGAUAUAGUUUGUUUUAAUGUUAAGUUUAUUAAUUGUGUGCCAAGUGCGUCCCCGAAAGUAUGAUCAGCUGGCGGGGCUUGCAGGACCAACGGCUGGCCGUUGGACUUGCAAAGCCCAUGUGCAGCAAUCCCCGACAGAAGUCCCCAGGUCAGCUGUCAGCGGGGGCGUGGCAUCUUGCUGUCAAUGUUAUUAAUGUCUAGGUUUCGUAAAUGUUGUCGCCAUUUAUGUAGUUAAACUAACAUGCCAAGCCUCUCAACAAAAACCA